UGUAAUACAACCCUCGAAGAUGCGCACAUCGUCGAGGAGCCCGUCUUGGGCAAAUUGACAUUCCACCAUCUCGGCCUCAUCCUCUGCGUAGUAUUCGGCCUAAUAGCCGUGGUUAUAUCACUAUGGCUGAUAUUCCAACACGCGAUCCACUACCAGCGACCAAACCAGCAAAAGCAGAUAAUAAGGAUACUGUUCAUGAUACCUGUCUACGCUGUCGUCAGCUUUUUGAGCUACGUUUUCUACAGGAAAGCAAUAUACUUUGAGGUCUUGCGAGACUGCUAUGAAGCAUUCGCGAUCAGCAGUUUCUUUGCUCUGCUGUGUGAUUACAUUGCUCCCAAUCUGCAUGAGCAGAAAGAGUACUUCCGGAGUGUACAGCCCGUCAAUUGGUUCUGGAGUGUGUUUGGCCUGCAAAAAUGUACGGGAGGACAGAAUAAAGGACCGUUGAGGAAACCGAGAAGUGGAUUGACUUGGUUCAAUGUCAUCUGGGCUGGUAUUUUCCAGUACUGCGUCAUUCGAGUCUUGUUCACCCUCGUCUCGGUUAUCACCGAAGCUUUUGGACGAUACUGCGAAGCAUCUCUGAGCCCGGCUUUUGGGCACAUCUGGGUCCUGGUCUUUGAGUCGCUAUCGGUCACCGUCGCCAUGUUUAUGGUGGUUCAGUUCUAUAUCCAGCUGAAGACGGACUUGGCAGAACAUAAUCCCUUCCUGAAGGUCUUGUCGAUCAAGUUGGUCAUCUUCUUCUCAUUCUGGCAAACAAUCGUCAUCUCCUUCCUCUCCUCUGACAAAGGACCGCUACAACCCACGAAACAUCUGGCGUAUCAAGACAUCAAGAUUGGAAUUCCAUCCGUACUGCUCUGCAUCGAGAUGGCUUUCUUCUCAGUCCUCCAUAUCUUCGCAUAUCCUUGGAAACCGUACAACGUCAAACACCUCGAUCCCAUGGCAGCGGACAUCGCAGAUCGAAGCGGCUACAAAGGUGGACCAAUGGGCAUCAAAGCGAUCGUGGACGCCUUCAAUCCAUGGGAUAUCAUCAAAGCUAUUGCAAGAGGAGGACGAUGGAUGUUCGUGGGCUUCAGAACUCGACAGCAAGACGUUAGCUACCAG